AUGGAGCAUCCACAGCGGUUUUGCUUUCAGAUUGUAUUCGAUAAAUUCUUCAAUGAACCGCCGUCAUCAGCCAUGGUCUUGAUCUUGCCGGAAAAAUACCCACAACAUACUAUAUUCUGCAUGGGAGCUGCCAGUUAUACAGUAUUGCUUUUUGCAUCGAUUACGGCGUUUAUUAUACUGAUAAGAAAAACUCUAUCGAAAAAUGCCGAGCACAUGAGCGAGCGAACGGUUCAGCUGCAUAGGACUCUACUGAAAAGCCUUAUCUUCCAGGUGAGUAACAUUCUUCAAGAAGCACUUGAGUCACUAGGAGCACUGACGGGCCUCAGGUUGAUCGGUUCCCUUCAAUCAUCAAUAGGGCUAUCUAUUUUAAACAAUACAUAA